AUGGAGGCGGUUGCACCACAAAAAAAAGGAGGGAAAGAACAAGAGGAGAGAGAAUCGGGGAUCGUGAGGCCCGCGAAGAGCUGGGCCCCCCUGGCAGCGACCGUGCUCGCUACGGCCCUGCUAUUGCAACCUAUCCACGCCGAGGCGCCAAUAUCCGGUAGUUACCUGCCACCGUCAACGAGUUAUGGGACACCGAACUUAGGCGGUGGAGGUCCGUCCUCCACCUACGGUGCCCCGUCUGGUGGCGGCGGUGGUCGUCCAUCCUCGAGCUACGGUGCACCACCGUCCAGCACGUAUGGAGCCCCGUCGAGCAAUUACGGCGCGCCGUCGAACGGCGGUGGAAGGCCGUCGAGCACCUACGGGGCACCGUCCAACGGGGGCGGUGGAAGGCCGUCGAGCAGCUACGGCGCACCGUCGAGCACUUACGGCGCACCGUCGAGCACUUACGGUGCACCGUCGAGCACUUACGGCGCGCCGUCGAACGGCGGUGGAAGGCCGUCCAGCAACUAUGGCGCUCCUUCAUUCGGCGGCGGCGGCGGCGGUGGCGGCGGUGGCUUCGGUGGCAACGGACUCUCCACCAGCUAUGGCGCGCCCUCGCGCGGAGGCGGCGGCUCGAUAUCCUCGAGCUACGGUGCACCCACCGGGGGAGGCCCGUCCACCAGCUACGGUGCACCCAACGGAGGAGGCGGUGGAUACUCGAGACCAUCUUCCACUUACGGUACACCUAGCACCGGUGGUGGCAGUUUCGGAGGCUCCGGUGGAUAUUCUGGAGGCGGAGGUGGAUACUCUGGAGGUGGAGGUGGCUACUCUGGAGGCGGCGGCGGUGGUGGCUACUCUGGAGGGAACGGUGGCUAUUCAGGGGGCAAUGGCGGAGGCUACUCAGGCGGAGGUGGUUACUCUGGAGGAGGCGGAGGUGGUUACUCUGGAGGUGGCGGAGGCGGCUACUCUGGGGGCGGCGGAGGCGGCUACUCUGGAGGAAAUGGUGGCUACUCUGGAGGAAAUGGUGGCUACUCCGGAGGCGGUGGCGGCUACUCCGGAGGUGGAGGUGGUCAAAGCUACGCUAGCAACGGUGGUUACCAAUAUUAAUCGCGAAGAGUCUUCACGACCCCCCGCGACCACCCUCGACCGUGUUUCACCGCCCAUCGAGACGAGAAAAAUUCGACAUCCUCCACCCC